AUGGCCGUCUCUAUCGCUGACGACGACCUCUUCACCAGAGCCGUCUCUGGCUACCGGGACGCCUUUUGGGACCGCCACCAACAUCUCUCUGAAGCCGAACGAAAUCUCGCAUGGAGCCAACGACUCAGCCAGUUCAUGACAGACAGCACUUCAAAACCCUCACCUCGACCGUCUCCAGAUACUCUUGGAAAACGCACUCGGCCAGGACCGCGGACUGUUGAAGCAUCAUCGAAGCGACGUGCAACCAGUGCGGAAUCUACCAGCCCCAAGCGAGCCGUCAAGACGGUCGCUACCGUCCCACACAUGAUCCGCUCCCAAAGCCAACAAAUCCCGACACCCCCCAGACCGGUCGAAACACGCAGACAAUCGACCGAGUCCACCUUGUACAGACACGGCAACGUCAACGUAUUCGAAUACUCGCCAUCCGAAUACACGCAGUGUUUGGAAGAUGUCAAUCAAGGGUUGACUCAGAUGCAAGCCACUGAGAUGAGCCGUAGUACCACGACAGAUUCUAUUUCCGGAGGUCUGGACAUGUUCCGAUUCGAGUCCUCUGCAGGAGCGAUGGAACAUGUCCCAGACCUCGGGCUUGAUUUCGUUCUUCCGUCUGCAGACUAUUCGUCUACAGACGUGAUUUUUCCUUCUACCAAUUGUAACAUGUCUCAUGUUCCAAUUGUAUCGUCUGAUUCUCUUUUUUCUUCUUCUGCACCUGUUUCUUAUUCGUUGCCUCCUUCAUCUGCAUCUCUGGAGAUGAAGGCUUCUUUUUCCACCGAGAGCAAUGCCUCGGGAGUGUCUAUGACACCGCAGUCUAAGACUGCACGGCGUAUUCUGAACAGUGAACAAGCUGUUCAGAGUACCCGUCUCAUUGCACCCAAGGUGCCGACUACUAAAAAUAGUCUUGUCAAGAAAGACAACCACCGGAUGAUUCGCAUAUCGUCAGAAGAUGGCACUUCCAAAGAAGUUGCUGCCAUUCCAAAGGCGUCUUUUCAGCGGCCCCCUCGGCCCAAGACGUAUUGUCAUUUGUGUAGUGAUCAGCCAGAGGGAUUUCAUGGCGAACACGAACUGCGCCGACACAUCGAGCGUGUCCAUUCAGUUGUCCGCAAAGUUUGGGUUUGUGUCGAUAUCUCACCCGACAAGACCUUUCUCGCCAACUGCAAGGCUUGCCGGAAUGGCAAACGAUACGGCGCAAACUACAACGCGGCUGCUCACCUGCGUCGGACGCAUUUCAAUCCUUGUCAACGUGGUCGCGGCGGUCGGGGCAAGGACAGCGAGAAGCGCGGCGGUAAGGGUGGCGGUAAUCUUCCCCCGAUGGAUGUAUUGAAGCAUUGGAUGGAGCAGCGAGAGGAAGUCGUUCUUGAGAACGCUCCUUAUAUCGAAGAUGACGUCCCGACCGCUACCACCAUGGCUGCCGCUCCGGUCGCGAAGACGGAAUACCCGGAAUCUGAGAUUGCAACGACAGCGACAGAAUUUGAGACGGCAAUGUUCCCAUGGGAUCCGACUGUGCCCCUGACGAAUGAGUAUAUGAAUUAUUACAUGAAUAGUACUCAGCCGUUGGUCGUCGGCGAAGAUCCGUAUCUUGUGCAGACGGCUGUAUAG